CUGCCCUGGUCUCGUCAUCCGUCCCUGACAAGCCUCACGUUUCCCACUGUGACCUCAGACUGUCGUUGGACAGAUGCACGCCUCUUAGCAUUAGCUUUAAUGAAAGCCGGUGGGAACUCACAAGAAAUACACUAAACUGUCGGCUUUACCGUGUUUUAUAGCGACUUGUUCGCCGUGCGCACAUCUUAUCCAACCCGACAGAGAGGAGCGGGCUAGCAGGAAACAUGGCUGCAAUCGAGGAGCUUUCCCCCGCUGCGGGCCCGGUGGCCACCCGGCCCCCCGAGGACGAGAUUGACGACGAUGAAGAUGAAGAUCUAGAUGAGACUCUGAUGGAGAGGUUGUGGGGCCUGACAGAGAUGUUCCCUGACACAGUUCGCACUGCUGCUGAAGUGUCUGCACAAUGCUCGGUCUCAUUGGCCAAGAAAUUUUACAGUUUUUCCCGCUCGGCACUCUGGGUCGGUACUACCUCCUUCAUGAUCUUGGUGCUGCCUGUUGUGUUUGAGACAGAAAGACUACAGCUGGAGCAGCAGCAGCUACAACAGCAGAGACAGAUCCUGUUGGGGCCCAACACUGGAAUGUCUGGUGGGAUGCCGGGCAUGAUGCCUCCUGCACCUGGCAAGAUGUGAGACACAGGAAGGGCCAACGGGAUCCUGAGAUCUGCUGCCAACGAAACAGCGCGGCCGGUCGCAAGGAGAGACAGAGAGACCAUGGAGAAGGGCAAAGAACUGCAGUUAGAUAAAAAA